UGCCAUGUACACAUUGACAGUGAUCGUCAGCGAUUCCCAUCCCACUCAUCCUCUUUCGAGCUUCGUGGUUGUUAUUGUGCUUAUUGGAGACAUAAAUGACCACUGGCCUCAGUUUAUGAACAGCCCAUAUGUGGCCUAUGUGCCCAUUGAGCUGGCGACAGGCACAGUCGUUUGUGCAGUCAGAGCAACAGAUGAAGACACCGAGAUGAAUGCAGAACUGCAUUAUUCCCUCUAUGGACAGUGGUCAGAUCUGUUUUCCAUUGAUUCAUACACUGGAACUGUUUUUACCACAAAAGAACUUCACAACACAGAUGAUAUUAUUAUCAAUGUCCAUGUUGAAGAUGCUGGGGAAACUCCUAAAUUUGACUUUACUACUAUCAGUAUUAGAUUUCAGAACAUGUCUGACUUUCCCGAGAUGCAUUUGGAUGUUCUGAGUUACUCCCUAUCUGAGGAUGAGCCAGCAAGAACACUAGUGGCUGCUGUCUCUGCAGCGAGCACCAGAGCUGAACCCGUGUCUAUUUAUCUUGCUUCUGGAAACUUCGAAGACAUGUUUCAUGUGGACCAGUUGCGCGGAGUGCUGACAGUGGAAAACUCUCUCGAUUAUGAAAGAAAGAAGGAGUUUUCUUUGUUGAUAGAGGCCAGAGACUCCGGCUCACCUCCUUUCUCAUCAUUUUUAGAAAUUCUCCUCAACGUCACUGACACAAAUGAUAAUUUCCCACAGUUCACUCAAGUUGAAUACAGGUGUGAGGUGUUUGAGAAUUUCCCACCAUCCGGGAUUUGCGACGUUCUUGCCAUUGAUGCAGAUUCUCCCACCUAUGGCAGAGUGACAUACAGCAUAACAGAAGGAAACGAUGAAAACUUUUUCACACUCGACCAUGAGAGUGGUUUGCUGAGCACCGCUGCAAGUUUAGAUAGAGAAACCAUUCCUGUAUUCAAUUUAACAGUUGAAGCUGUAGAACCAGACAACCCUCUUCAUAAAGACAGAGCAAACGUUAUCGUAAAUGUUUUAGACAGAAAUGACAAUGCACCUCGUUUCUCACACAUUUUCCUGGUAGAGGUGCCUGAAGAUGCUCCUGUUGGACACACAAUAAUACAAGUCACCUCAAGUGAUGAUGAUACUGAUGCUAAUGCAGUAAUUAGAUAUUACAUACUUGACCAGAGUGAGGACAUGCUGUUUGAUAUUGAUUCUACAACUGGAUAUGUGACUGUUAAAAGGCCUGUGGACAGGGAAGCACAUGAUCACUAUGUCUUAAGAGUGACUGCAAAUGAUUCGGCAUGGAGUAUAAGCACGGACGUCACUAUAGUCAUUUCCGAUGUCAAUGAUAACACGCCGGUAUUUACUAGUCUUAUUUAUACAGCUACCCUCCCUGAGACAACAGAUAAAGAUGUGUUUGUUUUGCAGGUUCUUGCCACCGAUGCAGACGUUGGGAAAAACAGUGAGGUAUUUUAUAUCAUUGACCCCUCAAAUGAAGAGUUUUGGGUGAAUGCAUCCUCUGGUGAAAUUUACACAAAGCAGCCACUGCUUUUACACAAUUCACCUUUUGAAAUUCAUAAUUUCACAGUUCUUGCGUUUGACUGCGGCAGUGUUCCCCGAUAUAGUAAUGCCACUGUGACAGUGAGAUUAGAACAAUAUAACCACCACCCACCAAUGUUUUUGCCUUUAAAACCCCUGAUAUCUAUCCCCAACCACUUGCCUUUGGGAACAGAGGUGGUGCAGUUGACUGCAACAGAUCCGGACGUCAAUAACAGUGUGAGCAUUGAAUAUCAUUUAAAUGGAGGUAAUGGAUCAGAUUUCUUUUGGAUUGAAACUAACAGUGGAAAUGUAUUCUUAAAUCAGACUUUAGAAGAGAGUGAAAAUGCAUUCCUCACUUUGUUUGUAAGUGCCAAAGAUAAAGGCUUCCCUCCUUUAACGUCACUAACUGAAAUCACCUUUCAAAUUAUCGGGAGGAAUCAGUUUUCUCCGAGCUUCAACAAACCAGGCGUCACCUUCUCUGUUCCCGAAGACUUGCCUGUGGGGUCGGUGAUUGGGAAGAUUCAAGCGGAAGAUAUGGAUCAUGGUCCUAAUGGUGCAGUUAUGUACUUCAUUAACCCUGAAAAUCACCAUUUACCAUUGACUGUUGACGAAGUCUCUGGACUAUUAUUACUUGUCGGAGAACUUGAUUUUGAAAAAGAAAGUAUUUAUAAUUUCUUUGUCACAGGCUCAGAUGGUGGGUGGAUCUCUAAAAGUGGCAUGAUAAACGUCACAGUCAUAGUUAUGGAUGUAAAUGACAACCCUCCAGUCUUUUCCUCAUCAGAGUAUACCAUAUCAGUGCCUGAAAACUCUGAAAUUGGAACAAAUGUAUUCAAUGCGAAGGCUGCUGAUAAAGACUCGGGUGCAAGUGCAGAAAUAACGUACUCUUUUAUUGCCGGUCAUGUCGAUAAAUUUGCAAUUGAUCAAAGAAAUGGAACCAUCACCACUCUGGACGUCUUUGAUUUUGAGCGAGAGCAGAUCUUUGAUUUAACGAUCAAAGCUUCAAACCCCGGUGUACACACAUUAUUUGGUUUGGCACAUGUUGUCGUUCGGAUCGUAGAUGUGAACGAGUUCGCCCCAACGUUUGCGAACAAAGAAUUUAACUUUUCAGUUUUUAAGAACGUACCUGUUGGAACACAGAUAGGGAAAGUGGCAGCCGUUGAUCAUGACCAAGGCUCUGCAGGUCAGGUGUUUUAUUUUAUCUUUGGCCAUGGGAAAAAUAUGGGCUUUGGUAUUGAUCAGUUUUCUGGAGAAAUAUAUACAAGUGGCAGUUUGAGAAAACAAGGCAACAGCCGUUUAGUUUUAAAAGUCCUGGCGAAGAACUCUGGUGUUAUCACUGGUAUGGAUGUGGAUGAGACUUUGGUCCAAAUCAAUGUGAUUGACACAAAUGAUGCACCGAUAUUCACAACUCCGUGCUAUGAUGCCAAUGUUACAGAAGACAGUCCAGAGGGGACAUCCGUACUGAUGGUGAGCGCCGUGGACCAGGACUCUGUGUUGGAUUGGAAUCGUUUCUUCUUCGGCAUCGAACACGGAAACACAAACUCCUCUUUCUCAAUUGAUCCUCUCACUGGCGUUAUUUCUGUGAGGUCUACACUUGACAGAGAACUCUGGCCAGUUUAUAACCUGACUGUUACAGCCACUGAUAAUGGCUUUCCACCAGCCACUGGAACUGCUGAUGUCAUUGUGAUAGUCGGUGAUGUCAACGACAACGCCCCUAAACUCACAUCAACUGAAGCUCAAGUGAAGGAAAAUCAACCAGAGGGCACCGUUGCCGCCAGAUUAAAUGCAUCUGAUUCUGAUUUACCACCAAAUCAAGGUCCUUUUACGUACUGGUUAUUAAAUCCAUCAGCGGGGAGUGCCUUUACACUAGCUCCUGAUGGGGUUUUACUCACCACACAGACCUUUGAUCGGGAGCACAUCUCAGAAUACCAAAUCCUGGUCGCUGUAAGGGAUGCUGGAUUUCCUGUGCCGCUAUCCUCCACGACAACAUUCCACAUCAGGGUUGUGGAUGAAAACGACAAUCCUCCAAUGUCAAGAAAUAUCUUCAUUGAGGUCAAAUAUUUUGGCAGUUCCUUUCAUGGAGGCAUGAUCGGUAGCGUGCACCCUGAGGAUCGUGAUGCGUCUGACACAUUCACUUGCACCAUUAGAAGUGGGUCGGUUAACAUGUUCACAAUACCCAAUGCAACGUGUGAGCUGUGGUCGGCUCCUUUUCAGGGCGAGGCCACAUUUAACAUCACGAUUGAAGCUUCGGACCAGCUUCACUUCUCAGUAAAUAACAGUGUUUAUGUAAACUACAAAGGCUUCACAAAUGCCUCUGUAGACAGCUGCAUAUUCUUCUAUGUGUUGUCGUCCUCAAUGGAAGAGUUCUUGUCCAACAAGUAUUUGAGAUUUGUGAAAGCUCUGGACAAUCUGUUUAACCUGCAGGCUUCAAAACCUCAUGUAUUUGGAAUUAAACAUAUUGGCAGAGAAAUCCUUUUAUUGGCUGCGGUCAAAAAUUACAACGGUCAGUAUCUUAGCAGGGAAGUAGCGAGUGGUAUAUCUGCUGGACAUAAGAGGUUACUGGAGGCUCAGAGUAACGUAACGAUUUCUCACAUCACCGGUGAACCAUGCCUCACCGGCCCCUGUCAAAACGGUGCAUCAUGCAACAAAAAUGUUUACAUCAGCCCAGAGGUUGCUGUCCUGGAGAGUGUGGCUGUCAUCUUUGUGUCACCACAGAAAGAGGUUUUUAAUUGUACCUGUCUGGCUGGAUUCACUGGCUCACUCUGCGAACAUGACAUUGAUGAGUGUGAGGUGAAUCCCUGCAGGAAUAACGGCACAUGUGAGAAUACCGCAGGAAGUUUCUCCUGCCACUGUCUGAGUGGCUUCUCCGGCUCUGUCUGCUCUGCUGACGUCGAUGAAUGCUUGGAAAUGAAGUGCCAAAACGGGGGAACUUGUACUGCCUCACAGGAUGGAUUUUACUGUCAAUGUGUGCCCGGUUUUAAAGGAGAAAUGUGUGAGGAGUUCAUAGACCACUGCAGCUCAGCCCCCUGUGUUCAGGGCAGCUGUGUCAACUUUAAGACCGGAUUCUCCUGUAAUUGUCCCUUCGGAGUCAGUGGAGUCCACUGUGAGGAGCACAGUUAUGGCUUUGAAGAGCUGUCCUACAUGGAGUUUCCCCCACUGGAUCGAAGGACUAAUUUAAUCUCCUUUAAGUUUGCGACAGUGCAGAGGAACUCACUCCUCCUGUACAAUCCUGCAGAGCCAUCCAGCAGGGAGUUCUUUGCAUUGGAAAUAGUUAAUGGGACCAUACGCCUUUCUUACGACCUGGGCUCAGGGCCCGUCAGGUUGCAGACACACAAGCAAGUUGCAGAUGGGCAUUUUCACACCGUCGCUGCCAGGAGGAUCGGCAACAUGCCCUCGAGCAACAGCGCCAACAUGCGACAGCAUCCCUUGCAUGAAUGGUGGCAGAUCUCAAAAGAUAUUGUAUUGCAAUUUAAUGGGAGCGAAUACAUCGAGUAUGUCAUCAAGGAGCGAUUCAGGAGAGACCACCUGCUGAAGGACUCGGUAGAUGAUGACACACAAGGAAAUACCAGAAACCAAACUGUGAUCAACAUCAAGUUCAAAACCACAGAUGACGGGGUGUUAUUCUUUGUUUUUGGACAGACCGGGCACAUUAACCUUGUGAUAAGAGACAGGAGGCCUGUGUACUUGUUCAAAGAUGCAUUGUCAGGAUACCUGUCAGAGGAAGCUGUGGCGACGCAGGUGGCUGAUGGGAACUGGCAUGUCAUUUCCUUGCUCAGCAACGGGGGCAACAUUUUCCUCUCUGUGGAUGGUAAACCGGUCUUAAACAGCACAGAACAAAGCAUGGAUCUCACUCCUGCUGGUGUGGACAAGAUCAUUCUCGGUGCAGCUCCAACAAGGGAAACAAGGCGCCAACACUCAACAGGAUUCAGCGGAUGUGUGCAGUAUUUCAAUAUCACCGGUUACGCCCUGCCCAUCAGUGGACCCAGUGUGGCGGUAGAAGUUUGGCCAAGUUCGACUCUGCUCCGGUCAAGCUGCAGGUCUCCAGGUGUCUGCUUCCCCUCACCUUGCUCUGAGGAGGAUGCUGACAGGAAGACAUGUUUUUCACACUGUCAAAACCAGCAAACGUGCAAAAACACCAUCCAUAACAGGUCCUGUGUCUGUUUACAUAAUGUCUCAGAUCAUUUCUGUGAUAUUUGCAUUUCCACAGCCCAUGAUCAGUGCUCUGGGGACCAGCAGGGCAGCAAGCCUCUGUGGCUUAUUCCUGUAGUUCUUCCUCUAAUCUUUAUCCUGGUGAUCAUAGGGUUGUGUGUAGGCUUGUACAGACUGAGACACACAAAGUGUCAAAGCAAUACCUUCCUGCAAAAAGCAGAGCGAGGAACAACAAACAGGGCUUUUUGUUUUGAUGACAACAUGGUUUUCAAAGAUGAUGUGUCUUCAGAAAAAGGGACGCCUCAUUACCCAAAGAGCACCGAUCAGCAGAAGUCAAGUGUGGAGUUUUACUGCGCUGGCAGUCUGUCAGGGGUGCAGUCGAUGCCACCAAGUGAGCUGGAGUAUUUCGAAAUCGGCAGCAUCUCAAGUGAAUUCCAUCAAGACAACAGCUCACUUAAACUCAACUGCCACAAUCAAUUGUACAGUAGAAAUGAUGUGAAGGCUAAUCCUAAAGUCUGGAGAGAUCUGAGGUUGCUACUUCCGACAUUUCAAAAAGGACCCUCUGCAAUUAAAAAAGACCCUCAAAAUAUUAACACCCUAAACAAGCAAUUCUUGUGUCAGCAGGACACAGAGAAACCCCAGACACUGACUUGUUAUACGAAGAGAUUCCCACAACCAGAGAUCCUCGAGCCAACACAGUGCCUAAGCUAUGAAGAAAUUUACAAACUAAAUGCUCCUGUGGAGCCAGCAGUGUCACAUCAAGCAUCCCUGCAGUCGGGGCCUGCCCUGUCCACCACAGUGAUGAAAGCAUCCGCUGGAAAAGACACAGAUGGCACUUUUACCUGUUCAGAGUCUGAGUACGGACACUUUUCUGUCAUCACAGGGAAGAAGUAUAUGCAUGACCAGUUAUUGCAGUCUGAUAGCACCUUAAAGCGUGAAGCCCUCAACCCAAUCAGCUCAAUUGUGAUGAAUACAUCCUCUACUAUGGUUGAGCAAUGGGGGGAUAUUUUAAAUAUGCAACUACCUUUUAGCUGCUAUGUGCCAGUAUUUGAGGACAUUGCAUGUUUACCAAUUGAAUCUAAUCACAGCUGUGAUAUGCAAAGUGAUAUAGAGGAAAUUAUCUAAUUAUUCAAGAUAGCAGAAAGCUGGAUCAAUGCAACCAGUUACUUCAAUGUAACUGAUUUUUGGUACUUGGAUCACAAAGUCGUAUCUGUUGCAGAAAAAGCAGUGAAAGGUGAGAUUUAUCUUUUACAGAAAAAUCCUAUCGUGUUUAUUUGGUCAAUUUGUUAGCAAUUAUCUCUCAGAACUAGUAUAGAAAAAGAUAAUUUUAGAGAAAAACCAAAGGCCUGAGCAUGUAUCUGAUGCUGACAUUAAAGAAACAUUCUGGAGUUAAAUCAAUGCUAGGUCUAUUAUUAUCAUUGUGCUAAUAUCAUGCAAACUAUCAGUAGAAGCAAAAGGAGAGUUAAGGGUCUCUGCUUCCAUAGGACUGGAUCAAUACUUACAUAUUCAUGACAAAAUAGCUGAGUCAGGUCCAGGAGUGUAUGUCUAUUGCUCCCUAUGCUAACAUUAAUUGCCAUUUUUCUGCAUUCUAAGCAAACUCAAGCUGCUUUUUUGGUUCCUGCAGUACUCAUUCUUUGUCAUCUUAUAAUAUGCAUAGGGUUGUUUUAACUCCUAUUUUAAAUAUGAAAGAGCUUUAUGUAGAAAAGUCAAUACCUCUGUCAGUAGCAAACUCAUUUGUUCUUGUAACUGUGUGUAAAUGGCUGGCUCUCCAGUAACCUCCUCAUUGUUGGAUAUCACAAGGUGUCAUAAAUGACAAAGAUCAGCAGACGAAUCAGAAAUCAGAAAUAAGUUUAUUGCCAAGUCGUUUAACACACACAAGGAAUUUGUUGUGGUGAUUGGUGCAAUACAAAAGAACAAAUAAUAUUAUUAAAAGAGAAAAUGUACAACAUGUUGGUUUUAAAGUGCCGGAUUAAUGAGUCUGUGCAAAGGUGACCUAGGAUGUGCGUUAAUGUAACACAUAAGGUCAGGA